CUCGGCGCGCCAGCUUGCAAGGCAAAACUAACCCUAUACAAUUGGCCGACUGUCAACCCCGUGACAGACUGCAGAUGCUGGCAAACAAGAUCCGCUGUGUUUCAGAAGCCGCGCAGACCAUGCAGGCAGUCUGAACUGUGUGGGAGUGAGAGUGGGAACGAGGAGGAAGCGAGGACUAAAGGGAAGAGGAGGAGAAUAGAAACGAAGAAAAGUUUGAAAAGGGGACGGUUCGCCGGUUGGCCGGGUUGAAGGCGCACGCUGAAGCGAGCUGUCGGAGCGUGAGCAAACCCUAUAGUUGGAGAAUAGGCUGGUGUGUGUUGGUGGUCACUGUGUCGGAGAGGAGGAUUUGUUUUUAUUGAUAUUCGGCAGCUGCCAGGCACGCGACUGCUUUUGUGAUCUGUCGGGGGAUUAGAUGCGUCUGACUCCACAAUGCGGAGCGAUCCCAUUUUGUUCGCAUCCAGGGCCAUGGAGGAGCUGGUGUGUGAGUUGCGUCUGUUUCUGGAGCUCCUGGACAGGGAGUAUCUGAGUGCCGGGGUCAAGGAGAAGAAGCUGCACAUCGCCAACAUCCUGCACAGGGUCCUCUCUGCUAAAGAGCCAUCAUUCAAAUCAGAGAUCCACAACAAUCUACCGGCUCCCCCUCAGAUGCCCCUCCCAGAGAUCCCCCACCCCUGGCUGCCUCCAGACAGUGGCCCCCCUCCCCUGCCCAGCUCCUCCCUCCCUGAGGGCUACUAUGAGGAGGCUGUACCUCUCAGUCCUGGGAAGGCUCCCGAAUACAUCACCUCCAACUACGACUCGGACGCCAUGAGCAGCUCGUACGAGUCGUACGACGAGGAGGAGGAGGACGGGAAGGGCCAGAAGAUGUGUCACCAGUGGCCGUCCGAGGAGGCGUCCAUGGACUUGGUGAAGGACGCCCGCAUCUGCGCCUUCCUGCUGCGCAAGAAACGCUUCGGCCAGUGGACCAAGCUGCUGUGUGUCAUCAAGGACAGCAAGCUGCUGUGCUACAAGUCUUCCAAAGACCACACCCCCCAGAUGGUUCUGGUCCUAUCGGGGUGCAGCAUCACUCACAUCCCCAAGGACGGCAAGAAGAAGAAGCACGAGCUGAGGAUCGUCCACCAGGGGGCAGACGCCCUGGUUCUGGCCGUACACAGCAAGGAGCAGGCUGAGGAGUGGCUCAAGGUCAUGAGAGAGGUGUGCAUCAACGGUCACGUGGAUUCGGAAGGAGCUGCCUCCGGGUCCCCGGUCCACAAGCCUGAGCUGGAGAAGAAGGUGUCCUGUGACAGGCCCAGCUCAGACGGAGAGCAGACUCACGAGAACGGCCACAACGCAGACUGUAAGGACAACGGCAAAGGGAAGAAGAGCUCUAAGUCGGAGCAGAAGGGAGGGACUGUGGGGAAGGGGGCGGGGAAGAAGAUCACCAAGAUCAUUGGCCUGGGCAGGAAGAAGCCGUCCACUGACGAGCAGACCUCCUCCGCAGAGGAGGAUGUGCCCACCUGUGGCUAUCUGAACGUGCUGUCCAAUAACCGCUGGCGGGAGCGCUGGUGCCGUCUGAAAGACAACCAGCUGUUGCUGCACAAGGACCGCGCCGACCUCAAGAGCCACAUGGCCUCACUGCCCCUGAGAGGCUGCGAGGUCAGCCCCGGCCUGGACCAGAAGCACCCCUACGCCUUCCGCCUGCUCCGCAACGGCCAGGAGGUGGCUGUGCUGGAGGCGUCCUCGUCAGAGGCGCUGGGUCGCUGGCUGGGUGUCCUGCUGGCAGAGUCGGGCUCCACCACCGACCCCGCAGCAUUGCACUACGACUACAUCGACGUGGAGACCACCGCCAACGUCAUCCAGCUGGCGAAGCAGUCCUUCUGCUUCACUAGCAAGCGCGCCGUUUCUCCAAACCCGUACCUGGACAACCCUGUCAACGGAUACGCCUGCCCCUCCGGCAUGGCCCUGCAUUACGACGACGUGCCCAUCAACGGAACGGAUCCCGAAGCGCUGUACUCCAGCCCAGCCAGCGGGGGGCGACAGAGAGAGGACGUGCACUAUGAGAACGCUGACCUGUAUGAGAACAUGCCCUCGCCCAAGCUGGCGUCCCGCUACUCCCCCAAGCCCAGCCGCCCGGCCUCCUCCUCCAGCCAUUACAAAACCCCCGGCCCCAUCUCCUCCAAAUUCCUCUCUUCCUCUUCCUCCUCUGCCUCAGCCAAGGCUAACUCUAAAGAUGCUGCUCAGCUGAAGGGGAAGAAGGCCCCAGUGACCAAUGGGACGGCGUCUAAGCAGAAGGCAGACAAGAACCAGAGCAAGAAGGUCGGAACCACCAAUGGAACAGCGCCUGUGAAACGCAACAACUCCAGUGCGGAGCAGUACAGGUACGGUAAGAACCGCGUGGAGGCCGACGCCAAGCGCCUGCAGGCCAGGGAGGAGGAGCUGAUGAGGAGGAAGCAGGACAUCAGGAACCGCCUGAGCCAGCUGAAGAAGGAGCGGAGGGAGCUGCGGAGCUCCCUGGAGGCCAGCGCUGGCAAGCGUUCCCAGGCCAGCCUGACAGAGCGUGUGAAGAAGGUGGAGGAGGAGUGCAAGCAGAAGGAGGAGGAGAGGGUGACCCUGGAGCUGGACCUGACCGAGGUGAAGGAGAGUCUGAAGAAGGCCCUCAGCGGGGGGGUCACCCUGGGCCUCAGCAUCGAGCCCAAGUCUGGGACCUCCAGCCCCCAGUCCCCGGUGUUGCUGCGGCGGACACAGGAGUCCUCUCCUUUCUCCAGCUGUGACACCAGCGACACCGAGUCCUGCUCGCUGCCCGUCAACAGCGCCUCCCUCCUCCGCAGACAGGCCAAUCAGAAACCUCCGCCGGUGCGCGGCCACGUCCUCAGAAAGGCCAAGGAAUGGGAAAUGAAGACUGGCACAUAGACACAUCAUCAUAAGUCUUACCCUGUUUUGCUUCUCUUUUUUUUAUGUAUAUAUUUAUUUAAAACUGUUCACAUGGGAACAUGUUGGGGAUGGAGGGGGGGUACACUAGCAUAGACAACUAAAGAGACAUAUGGAUGAUUUUAACAUACUUAAUUGCCACGACAUACAGACCUUCAGUGUCACUCUUUUUAGCGUACUAUUUUAUAAUUCAAUGCGUUAUAUGAGGCUUGCUUGACAUACAGGAGUUUGUUGUGCCAUUUGUACUGGCCUCUUUUCUUAGCUGCGACCAGUAGCUUUAUGGCUAACGCUCCACAAAACUGUGCAUGGAUGCGCCUACGUGGUUACAGCUAUUGCAAAUUCGAGAUUUUUUUUCUCAAGAAAACCCAUAUUCCUUUCCCUAUUCCUCAGUCUGAUUGGGGUUUAAAAUGUCCAAUUGCAGAACCAAGUAUUUAUUUGUAAAUGUUUCAGCUUCCCUGUUUAUUUAUGUUCAUAUUUAAAAGUUCUUUCCGUAGUAUAGAUUGCUGCAGACAUCAUUUUUCAGUCCCCUUCACUAAUAUUCACUCAGAUAUUCGUGGUGUGCGCAUUGCAGCAUGAUGUUGGUUUGGACUGUGUCUUGCGGGUUCUGUCAAGGAACCGUGACCCAGAUACAAAUUCUUGAGCUUCAGUGGUUAGCCUAUUUAACACACACACACACAAGCAUACAAGCUUAUUUCUAAUGGUGCUUUUGAUCAUGCGUUUUACACAUGGGCACUGCCAAUGUUGCCAUAUUUACACUGCCUUUGUGUACCAAGGUGCUAUGUUCUCUGUUCGGAUGCUAGAUAAGGAGUAGCCUUGUUUAUGUACUACUGCAACAGCUAGCAUUUGCUCAAGGCACAUGUCCCUAAAUUCAAGUGUGUUUAGUGUUAUGGUGUUUUUGCUGUCAGGUUCAAUUAGCAUGUUGCUAAAACUAAAUGGCCACUAACGGGUCAUACUAAUCAUCCAAAAUAACCCAAAACAUGCCAGUACGGAUACCCAAUCUACCCCAAAGUGCCUAAAAUAUGCCAGUACAUAUACCAAUGUCACCCAAACCAACCUAAUAGUACCCCAAACAUCCUUGUAAGGACAACCAAAAGUACCUAUGGAUUGGUUUGCUUUGUGUUUCUGUACUAGCAUGUUUUAGACACUUUUUGAGUUGUUUUCUGUAUCUGUACUAGUAUUUUGUGGUUUUAGUAUAUCUGUACUGGCAUGUUUUGGGUACUAUUGGGUAGUUUUGGUUAUCCGUAUUGGCAUGUUUGGGAUAUCCAUACUGGCAUGUUUUUGGUAGGUUUGGUUAUCCAUAUUGGCAUGUUUGGGGGACUAUUGGGUUGUUUUGGUUAUCCGUACUGGCAUGUUUUGGGUACUAUUGGCUGAUUCGUAUGACCCACCUAAGGUGUUUUAUUCCACUCUAAGUUGUGUAUAUACAUUUGUAUCCCCUUGUUUCUGUCAUUUCAGUUCUAGCCACACAUUUCUGCAAGCUAGAGCUAGUCUGCAUGCUCCCAUUAGAAGAGGAAUGCGAGAGGGAUUACAUCCGGAAAUGUCCCAGAGGCCAACUCUGACGCCCUGCUUCCUUCUUAAACUGCCUUGACAUGGGCCGAUCACAGGUGAUGUUGAUAAAUGUGAACCCAUUGUACAUAGUUUUGCGGAAGGGGGUCUAUGGAGGAUAAGGAUUUUUUUUCAGUGGGGUAAGGGGAAAAAAAAAGCUAUCGUUUGUUUUGCACCUUAGACAUUUUCUACUCCGUUGUAGUACUCAGACAGUCGCUGACUUGGUGACAAACAACUGUACAUAAGUAUUAAACCUCUUUACAAACAUAUCUAGUUUGUGUGCUAA